AUGGCAAACACCAGGGGGAGGGGGGUGACGCUUGUCGAGACGGCGGGGCGCGAGCUCCUCGCCCUCCAGAAGACCGUCGCCGACACCGACGGUAUCCCACCCACCGCCACCCCAGCCACCGCCGGUGGCGGCGGGGUCCAUUACACCAACGGCCUCUCCGGCUGCGGGUUCGGCCAUGGUGCUACCGCUGCCGGUGCUACCGCUGCCGCCGCCGGCGUAACGGGAUCUUUCGGGGCCUUCGGCGGCGGCAGCGGCGGCGAUGAGACCGAGAGGCAUCGGGACGUGUUCCGUCUUUGCGCCGCGCUGGAGGUCACGUCCGUUCUUCUGUGCACCCUGUCCAUGGCGCUAAGUCAGAACAACGCGCUGUACAGCCGGAGUUUGCCAGGCGCAAAGAACAACGGCAGGAACGCUCUCAACGCGCUCGCGCUUGUCGUGGGCGGCGGAGGCGGUCAGCCCUUGGGUGAUGGGGACAAGGAAGUAAUCCUGCAUCUCAACAAGGAGAUCUGCUCUCGCGAGUGGGACCACUCACAGGUGCAAGGAGCGGUUAUGAUGGUGUGGGCCUCCUUCAUCGCUCCCUUCGCCUCGGGUGGGCAGACCGUCGCCGACACCGACGCCGACAAGCAGCUCCAGCAGGUCAUGGCUGCCGCCGCCGUGAACGGGGCGGUGAAGUUCUUGAGGGGGCCGGUGCUGACCGUUCUUCGUCGACCCCCGUUUGCCGCGCGGAGCGUGGUGAGAUUUGGAGGGGGGGGGGGGGGGGGGGGGG